UUCGAGUUCAUCUGUCAAACGUUUUGUUGACAUCUUCCCAUCAUAAAAGACGCGGAGCGCAUCGAAAGUAAAAUUUUCCGGUAUUUUCCACAUUGAUUUGUGAAACAGAGAUUGUGUUUUUCAACUAGUUAUACGAAAUAACCUCAAAUAGCCAGGAUGACGACUGCUAUGCCAAUCAACCCAAAACCAUUCCUGAAUGGCUUGACCGGUAAACCUGUGUUUAUCAAACUAAAAUGGGGCCACGAAUACAAAGGUUUCUUAGUGUCGGUUGAUGGGUACAUGAACAUGCAACUGGCCAACACCGAGGAGUAUGUGGAUGGACAGAAUACCGGACACCUCGGUGAGGUAUUGAUACGGUGUAACAACGUUCUGUACAUCCGCGGUAUCGAUGAUGAUGACGAGGAGGGGGAAAUGAGAGAUUAGAUAAGUGUAAAAGAUGUGAAUAAAUAAUUUGAGAAAACAA